GGGCUUCCCCCCUUUCAGAAGAUGAAACCGAAGUUAUCGACUCCUCAGAGACCGCUUCGAACGACCUAGCAAAUGAUGCCAUUGCACUUGGCCAGAUCCUACGCGAUGUGGCAGCUGAUAUGGCGCAAAGUAGAACAUUUAACGAAAAGGAAGAAGAAUACUCUUUCCGUAGCUUCUGGGAGAAAUUCAAGGCAUCAAUGAAAAAGGCAGGAAAGAAAGUUAAGGCGGCUUUCAAGACUGUAGGGAAACAUCUUAAAGAGCCUGUGAAGGUCGCCGCCACAGCCGCCGCGAAAGUUGCCUUUGAGAAAGCUCAGGAAAUACUGAAGAAGAAGGCUGUGACGUUGGUUGCAAAAAUUCUCGAGAAAUCAGUUCCUACCUAUGCCGUAGAAGAUAAUGUUAACGAGGCACACUUCUUCGAAGAAUUGCGUGUGCGAAUAGACCAAGUGGGACAGCGACUCAUUAUUCAAGGGCAAGCGUUGAACGCUUUGUAAGGAAAAUUGUUUGCA